GUUCUCAGAGUGCAAUACAAUCCAUUCGGAUCUUUGUUUUAACCGGCACCAGGCGUUGCUACUUAGCACCCCUCGGCUCAUAUAAUUUUGUGACAUGGAUUACUGUUUGUUUUAUAUAUGACCGGUGAAAAACCUUUCCUGUUCUCACAAUGUUUAAGCCUAUAAAUUUGUGGGUGAGGUGACCUGAUCAUUAUUCUACUUAGUUUUACCAAGCAGGUAACCAGCCAUGUAUUUUUGCAAUGUAUGCCAUUUAGCUUUUGCUAGUGAAAAAGAGUUGUCAGAGCAUGAUGUAAGACAUCAUGGAGUUGGGACGUCGUCCGCACUCAGACCGCCUACACUGUAUGAGCAAUUAGAUUUGACCCCUCCGAGUAAGCGUGCGAGACGUGAUGGGUCUUUGAGUCAAUGUGUCAGAGAGCAUUGUUUGUCUAGCAAUAACUUUGGCGAGUGUGAUUCCAAUGAAAUUAUGAAGCUGUGGGAGAUUUCACGUGCUGCGUCACCGACCGUAGAUGCUGUUGAUUUUAUUCCGCGAUUGUCGCAAGUGAUUUUUAAUGAUAUCGAAGAGCCGCAACAGUUUUCCACGUCGCAAGGGUUUAGUUCGAGUCAAGUAAAGACACCCAAAACGUAUAGCGCAACGCAACAAGUAAAUGAUAUUAUGGGGGAUCCUUUUUGUUUACAUGAGCUCGGAAUGACGGAAACAGAAGCAGAGUACAGCUUUCGUAGACUUGAUUUAUCGGAAUCAGAGGUAGAAGAAAAAAUGCGUACUUUUCGUAAACUAUCAUCCCCUGCGGCCCAUCAAUAUAAUGCGACGCAACAAGUGAAUGAUAUUAUGCAAGACCCCUUUUGCUUACACGCAUUCCAACUGUCCGAAUCAGAAGCGAUGUUUCACCUACGCGAACUUGGUUUAUCGGAAACAGAAAUAGAAAACAAAAUGUGUAACUUUCGUGAACUACCACCGCAUCAAAGUAAUAACACUCAAGUCGGUCGAGGUAUUGGUAAUAACGAACCUUUGCAUCAGUCGGAAGAAAUUCCAGCUGGUGAAAAUGAAGUAGGCGAAGAUUAUAUUUUAGAAAAUAAUGAUGGUCGUUUUAACGAAUUUUUGGAACGGAAUCAUAAUGCAAUUUUCCGCGAGCCACUUGGUAACCGAAGACAGACGUUUCUUAACUACAACUUUCGACAAAUGCCAAUAAACCGCGAAUCGUUGUACAUUCGUCUCUUUCAAAUUCUGGCCGAGGGUUAUGUGUUUAGAAUCAAUUUGGCUGAGGCGUAUGUUUUGGAGCAUGCUGAAAGGCUUGAGCUUUGGUAUUUCUACGCAUGCCCUGGAAAUACUUCAAUUAUACCAGAAGCUGCUACCAUUCGUUCUAUAAGAUUUGGAUCGGUUUCUCGAUUUGGUUUACGGUUUGGGUCUUUUAGAGGGUACGCGGAACCCAACUGUUGAACGACCUGACACGAAAUGGCGGAUAUCAUCACGAGAACAGAUUUUUUAAUUGGUUACUCUGGCGGUGUUCCCAAGGAACUUUUAACCCUGCGAAGUUUGGUAUCGUUCGCGCACAACGCUAAAGGAAAACCAUAUGAAGAUAAUUUGUGUUUGUUUCGAUGUAUCGCCGCACAUCAACGCGAUAGUCUAGGGGAUAAGA